AUGAGCAAGUCGUGGGGCAUCAGCGCUGGUGCAGCUUUGUGGCUGUACAGGGCGGUCCUGCUACCGCGGCUGCUAUACGCGUCAGUCGUCUGGUGGACGAGAAUAAAUAAAGGGGAGGUAGAGAAACUACUUAGAAGCCUGCAAGGUAACUACCUAAGGGCUGCAGUAGGGGCCAUGAGAACCACACCCACAGAGGCGCUUGAAAUAGCACUCAGUGUUACGCCAAUAGGCUUGGCCGUGAUAAAAUCAGCCAAUACCACGGCAUACCGUCUGAAAUGUCAGGGUGAAUGGAGAAACACAGGACUGGGACACACCAGGCUUGGUCUUCUCCAAAAGUACCCUAUAGAGGGAAUACAAGACAGAACUACAAGAAAGUAUCAACUGGUAAAACACUUUAAGAUAUGGAUACCUGAUAGAAAUGAGUGGCUGAAACCGGGCGGAAUCAUGGACACAAAGGUGGACAUGUGGUUCACGGACGGAUCAGGCAUAAACAACUGCUUUGGAGCAGGAGUAUAUGGACCUGGGGAAAACCAUAGGGAGAGUAUUCCAAUGGGAGGCGACUGCACGGUCUUUAUGGCAGAGAUGCUCGCCAUCCUCAGAUGUGCCGAACUGAACCUAACCAAAGGAACAAAUUGCAGGAAAAUAUAUAUCUGCACAGACAGUAGGGCGGCCCUUCAGGCGUUGGCGGGUGCGACCACCGAGUCUUGCUUGGUAUGGGACUGCAUGCUGGCGCUGGAGGAGCUGUGUGGAACAAAUAAAGUAACGUUAGUCUGGGUGCCCGGGCAUCAGGGCAUACCGGGUAACGAAAUAGCAGACUCACUGGCUAGAGAAGGGGCUAGCAAAGCACCAGAUAGUCGGGAGAUGGGAGUGCCCUUUACGAUGGGUAAGAACUUCAUCAGGGAAAGUAUAGACAAACAACAUAAGGCCAGGUGGGAUAAUCUGAAAUCCUGCCGACAGGCCAAAUUCCUGAUGAAAGACAUAAAUGGUAACAGAACCAAGGAACUGCUCACGUUGAAUAGGCAGAAAUUGAGGAUGGGGAUAGGACUGCUGACAGGACAUUCACCAAUACUCAAAGCCCACCUAUUCAAUAUCAGACUCGCAGACAGGAAGGAGUGUCGACUAUGCGGGGAGGAAAAAGAGGACAGCAUACAUAUUCUGUGCCAAUGUCCGGCUCUGGCUAGAAAGAGAUUCAGGAUCUGGGGACAAAGUUUUCUUAAAUCCCAAGAAUUAGACAAAACAAGGGUGGUGGAACUCAUAAGCCUAGUGGAGAACUCUGGGCUGAGUACACAUCACUCAGUUUAA